UGAUGAUGAUAAUGAUUAUAGCAAUAAUUAUAAGCAAAAUCCCGGUAGCUACUGCAUGGCCUAAAAAAAGGCCUAUUGCAGUUGGCAUUUUUCCAAUGGCGGAAAUGGUUUAUGGAUAACAAAAUCUGUGAAGAUGAUGAAUCCUUAUAUAUCUGAUUCUUUGGCGAUAGAUUUUUCAAAAUUUUUCCCUUUGAAUUCUCUUGUAUUUUAGCCCACACGGGCAUUUAAGCCCUCCCAAAAAUUCCGCGUUAUUUGUUGUCAACUUGCUUCACUUGAAAAAAAAAAUCAAUGUCAAUUUCAUCCCAAGAGAUCUGCAUUUUGCCUAACAAGAACAAUCUGGCUUUGUUGCAAACUAAUGGUAUGCCAGGGAACUUAUAUAAUAUCUGUAGUAAUCUCCCUGCUACACCAACAAGAUUGGAAAGGCUUCUUAGAGACAGGGAGUUGAGGAAGUACUCCAAGUGUUUGAAUGAUUGUGAAGCUGAGUUACCAUCAUCAACCCAAGAUUGUUUUUCACCUGAUCUUGAGACUUCAACUUGUUGGUUCAACGAUGAAGAACUUUUAGAACCUGUUUCAGCAUCAAGGUCUUUGAAUGAUGAUGGCGAAAGACUCGAUUUUCGAGCUUCAAAACAACGGCUUUUGGUGGUUGCUAAUAGGUUGCCAGUCUCUGCAGUUAGGCAUGGGGAAGAUUCUUGGCAACUUGAGAUGAGUGUUGGUGGCUUAGUCACUGCACUUCUUGGUGUGAAGGAAUUUGAUACCAGAUGGAUUGGUUGGGCUGGCGUGAAUGUCCCUGAUGAAAUUGGACAAAAGGCAUUAGCUAAAGCUUUAGAUGAAAAGAGGUGCAUACCGGUAUUUCUUGAUGAAGAAGUUGUUCAUCAAUAUUAUAAUGGAUAUUGUAACAACAUAUUAUGGCCACUGUUCCACUAUAUCGGACUUCCGCAAGAAGACCGCCUUGCGACUACUCGGAGCUUUCAAUCUCAGUUUGAUGCUUAUAAGAAAGCGAAUCAGUUGUUUGCUGAUGUCGUUAAUGAACAUUAUGAGGAAGGGGAUGUUGUUUGGUGCCAUGAUUACCACCUAAUGUUCCUUCCAAAAUGUCUAAAAGAACGGAACAGUAAAAUGAAAGUCGGUUGGUUCCUUCAUACUCCAUUUCCUUCUUCGGAAAUCCAUAGGAUGCUGCCAUCUCGGUUGGAGCUGCUGAGGUCCGUUCUUGCUGCUGAUUUAGUAGGCUUCCAUACAUACGACUAUGCAAGGCAUUUUGUUAGUGCUUGUACUCGUAUUCUCGGGCUGGAGGGCACACCUGAAGGAGUAGAGGAUCAAGGAAAGCUGACUCGCAUUGCUGCAUUUCCAGUAGGGAUUGAUUCUGAACGAUUCAUUAAAGCUCUUGAACUCCCUGAAGUACAAGAUCACAUGAAAGUACUGAAACAGAGGUUUGCAGGUCGAAAGGUAAUGUUAGGCGUUGAUCGGCUUGAUAUGAUCAAGGGAAUACCCCAGAAGAUUUUGGCAUUUGAAAAAUUCCUCGAGGAAAAUCCCAAUUGGUGUAAUAAGGUGGUUCUCCUUCAAAUUGCUGUCCCUACCAGGACCGAUGUUCCUGAGUAUCAAAAGCUUACAAGCCAGGUUCAUGAGAUUGUGGGGCGCAUUAAUGGAAGAUUUGGAAGCCUUACUGCUGUACCAAUACAUCAUCUGGAUCGUUCUCUUGAUUUUCAUGAAUUAUGUGCACUGUACGCUGUUACAGAUGUAGCUCUUGUGACAUCUUUGAGGGAUGGAAUGAACCUCGUCAGCUAUGAGUACGUUGCCUGCCAAGAGUCCAAGAAAGGGGUCCUUAUACUAAGUGAGUUUGCUGGGGCUGCUCAGUCUCUUGGUGCCGGAGCCAUUUUGGUUAAUCCAUGGAAUGUCACUGAAGUUGCUUCUUCCAUUGGUUAUGCUUUGAAUAUGCCAGCUGAUGAAAGAGAAAAACGACACCACCAUAACUUCAAGCAUGUGAUUUCACAUACAGCUCAAGAAUGGGCUGCAACUUUUGUAAGUGAACUUAAUGUUACCAUUGUUGAAGCUCAACUGAGGACAAGACAAAUUCCCCCACCACUCCCAAUUGAAGUUGCGGUUGAUCGCUAUUCAUGUUCGAAUAAUCGAUUGCUCAUAUUGGGAUUUAAUGCAACUUUAACUGAACCAGUGGAUACCCUUGGAAGGAAGGACAGUCAAAUUAAUGAAUGGGAGCCCAAGUUACGUCCAGAUUUACAAGAACCUUUGAGAAAACUUUGUGAUGAUCCGAAGACAACAGUUCUUAUCCUCAGUGGAAGCGCUAGAAAUGUCCUGGAUGAUAACUUCAGUGAUUACAACUUGUGGUUGGCAGCCGAAAAUGGGAUGUUUUUACGAGUUACAACGGGAGAUUGGAUGACGACAAUGCCUGAAAACUUAAGUAUGGAAUGGGUGGAUAGUGUUAAGAAUGUAUUUGAAUAUUUUACCGAUAGAACUCCUCGAUCUCAGUUUGAGGUCCGAGAGACUUCACUCAUAUGGAACUAUAAAUAUUCAGAUGUUGAGUUUGGAAGACUUCAAGCGAGAGAUCUGUUGCAGCAUCUUUGGACUGGUCCGAUCUCUAACGCAUCUCUCGAUGUUGUCCAAGGUAGACGGUCUGUUGAGGUUAGAUCAGUCGCUGUUACAAAGGGUGCCGCAAUCGAUCGAAUCCUCGGAGAAAUAGUUCAUAACAAAGGCAUGAAAGAACCUAUUGAUUACGUCCUAUGUAUCGGUCACUUUCUCACUAAGGAUGAAGACAUUUAUACAUUUUUCGAGCCAGAGCUUCCCUCAGAAGUCCCGGCUUCGGUAAGACCCCAAGUACCAACACAAGUUAGGACAUCCACCGCUGGGUCGAGGGCAGCUCUCCUUCUGAAACGAAAUUCUAUGUCGGCUGUAGAACAGAACAAGAGCUAUUCCAUAGAUGGAGAUACGUUGCACUUGAUGGUGACCGAUCGAAUAUCGUUUCAAGAGGGUUCUUCAGUGCUUGAUCUUCAGGCCAACGAUUACUUUUCUUGCUCCGUUGCAAGGAAAAGAUCAAACUCGCGCUACCGCCUUCAAUCAUCUGAUGAAGUUGUGACACUCUUGAGAGAACUAGCAGAUCAUCGUUGACGGUAAAAACCCGAGAUUUAAAGCAUAUUCUUCGAUCGUAUCAUAUUUAUUGUUAUUGCAGACAUAGUAGUUGUUAUCGGUCAUCUACAGUAUAUCAUGGGAUAUAUACCUAGAUGGAUUUUACAUUAGACGUAGCAAAGUUCAAAGAUUAGUUUUAUAUAUUUAGUAGUAAAAGUUCUUUUGAAAAUAAUAAAUUUCCUUUUUUUCAUAAUAAAA